UUUACCAGAGUCUUCACCUGCAAGAAAGCUUCUACUUCCCAAAAACACUUCAAAAAACGAGAAUCAAUCCGCGUGGAAAGCAGUAACCAAAUGUUGGGAAUUGGCAGUGGCCGACUUUUGGGAACGUACAAAAUCCGAAUUAAGCUAAGAAUAUUUCAAUUUUUGAUUGGACGAUGAAAAAGAGAACACUGACAUUUCUACGAUUUUGAUUCUGUAUGUAUAAUUUUUCCUGCUUUUGUUCUUUUUUACAGAGUAAACAAUCCAAAUAUCUCUGUUCAGUUCCUUACCGAUGGUGCAAAGUGAGAGCGUGGGGAAAUGGCGUCCCCUUCCUUUUUGACGAUGAUCAACCAAUUGGGUGUACGGAAAAAGGAGGAAAAAAAGUGGGAGUGGACCCAUGUGAUUCAAUAGAAGUCAUUUUUUAAUCACUUCCAAGUCAAUUCUGAGUCUACAUUGUUUUCUUCAUUCAUGGGUUUGCUCUUAUUUGUUCCUAAAAGAUUCCCACCUUUUCUGAUUAAGCAGCAGGAUUCGAAGGAAGCAUGGGGGAGGAUGUGAGUGUUGAUUUGAGGUUGAAAUCUCCCAGUUUCCUCGUUUGUGUUUGAAUUUGGAUUUUGGUGCAGAGGGAGUUUGUGAUUGGAGAUUAUCGUGCCUGAAAAUGGAAAUGGGGGACUCUUCAAAGAAGUUUAAAGCUAAGAAAAUAGGUUACAAUGGCCUCAUUGACCAUUUUUUUUCUUGGACUUUGGAAGAUGUGUUGUAUGAUGAUUUCUAUAAAGACGAGGUGCAAAAAAUUCCAGAAUCGUUUAAAACAGUGCAUCAAUAUAUUGGGUCAUAUGUCUUUCCUUUGUUAGAAGAAACAAGAGCAGAACUGUCUUCAAGUUUGAAGGUUAUUCGUAGAGCGCCUUUUGCUCAACUGGUCUCUGUUGAGGAGCCAAAAUCUAGUGGUAAAUUGUUGUUAAAUGUAAAUGUUGAUUCAUGGAGGAAUAUUACCAACAAUAGUGGGAAGGAGCCUUACAGAACAUUGCCUGGGGAUGUCUUUCUAAUAUUGGAUGAUAAGCCAGAGACCGUUAUGGAUUUACAAUGCUCUACUAGGACCUGGGCUUUUGCUUGGGUUAAACAAAUCACUGAGAAUGGACGCUCUACUCAUCUGAAACUAAAUGUGUCAAAAAACAUCAGUGAUGAACAUGGCAUGCAGAAAAAAUUAUUUAUUGCAUUUCUGAUGAAUGUAACGACCAACUUGAGAAUAUGGAACUCAUUACACUAUUCUGAAGAUAUGAAGAUAUUCAAGCACGUACUGAGCAAAGAAUCAAUGGGUGAUGACAUCUGUAACAAAUGCUCUUUGUAUAGUAAUGCUGUCUGUGCUGAAAAAUUGGGGACAAGCUUAUCUUUUGCGUUGAAUGAUUCUCAAAAAGCAGCAGUGCUAUGUUCUGUUUGCAAGACACUUUGUGACCAUAAGCCUUCGGUAGAGCUUAUAUGGGGUCCACCUGGUACAGGGAAAACUAAAACUAUCAGUUUUCUGCUGUGGGCAAUUUUGGAAAUGAAGCAAAGGAUUCUUGCCUGUGCACCAACAAAUGUUGCUAUUACAGAAUUAGCCUCUCGAGUUGUGAAAUUAUUGAGGGAAUCAUCCAGAGGAGGAGGUGUGUUAUGUUCUUUUGGAGAUGUGCUUUUAUUUGGGAAUAAGGAUCGACUGAAAUUUGGUUCUGAACUUGAAGAAAUAUAUUUAGAUUAUCGUGUUGACAGGCUUGCAGAGUGUUUUGGACAAUCUGGUUGGAAAUAUCAUAUAACUUCUCUUAUAGAACUUCUUGAAGGUAGGAAUUCGUGUUACAUGUUGGAGUCUGAUAUAAACAUGAGCAGAAAGGACAAAUUCAAAUCUACUGCUUCCGCAGUUCGUGGAUGCCUUCAAACUUUGACCACACAUAUACCCAAGCAAUUCAUUCUGGAAUGUAAUUUUCAGAUUAUAGAGAUCCUUCUGAGUGUCAUUGAUUCAUUUGACGCCUUUUUGUCUCAGGACAAUGUGAUCUCUGAGCAAAUGGAGAUUCUAUUUUCAAAUCCAGAAGCAGUUAAGGACUUUCCAAAUUCUAAUGUGGGAGUAACCUUUUCAUAUUUGAGAAGCCAGUGCCUCUCAAUUCUAAUAACUCUUCAGGCUUCUUUGGAUCAACUUCAACUUCCAAAUGCAGCAAGCAAAACGUGUGUGAGAAAGUUUUGUUUCCAGAGGGCUUCACUAAUACUUUGCACUGCUUCCAGUUCAUUCCAAUUGAACUCAGUGAAAAUGGACCCAGUGAACUUGUUAGUUAUUGAUGAAGCUGCACAGUUGAAGGAAUGUGAAUCAAUAGUACCCUUACAACUUCCUGGCAUAAAGCAUGCUAUUCUCAUUGGUGAUGAGUGCCAAUUACCAGCAAUAGUUAGUAGCCAGGUUUGUGAUGCAGCCGGAUAUGGUAGAAGUCUUUUUGAACGGCUGAGUUUAUUAGGACAUUCGAAGCACCUGCUUAACACACAGUAUAGAAUGCAUCCAUCAAUAAGCUACUUUCCAAAUUCCAAAUUUUACAGUAAUCAAAUUCUGGAUGCUCCUCUUGUCAUGAAUAAAUCAUAUGAGAAACAUUACAUUUCUAGUCCAAUAUUUGGUCCGUAUUCUUUCAUAAAUGUUUCUGUUGGAAAAGAGGAAGGGGAUGAUGAUGGACAUAGCAAAAAGAAUAUGGUUGAGGUAGCUGUAGUGAUCACAAUCAUUGAAAAGCUUUAUAAAGCAUGGAGGAGAGCCAAGACAAAGCUCAGCAUUGGUGUAAUCUCUUUCUAUGCUGCACAAGUUUCAGCAAUUCAGGGCAAGCUUGGACACAAAUAUGAGAAGAGGGACAAUUUUUCUGUAAAAGUGAAGUCUGUUGAUGGUUUCCAAGGUGGUGAAGAGGAUGUGAUCAUAUUGUCCACAGUCAGAUCCAACAGGAGAAAAAAUAUUGGGUUCAUCUCCAAUUCGCAGAGAAUAAAUGUUGCUUUAACAAGAGCUAGGCACUGUCUUUGGGUUGUGGGAGAUGCAACAACAUUGGGUAAUAGUAAUUCUGAUUGGGAAACUGUAGUUUCAAAUGCCAAGGAUCGUCAAUGUUUUUUCAAUGCCGAGGAAGACAAGGAUUUGGCAGAUGCUAUAAUAGAGGUCAAGAAAGUGCUGCUUGAGCUUGAUGAUUUACUCAAAAAGGAUAGCGUACUGUUUAAAAUGUCUCGGUGGAAGGUUCUUCUAAGUGAUUCUUUUAGGGCAUCAUUCCAGAAAGUAGUCCCAAUCAACCAAAAGAAAUCAAUUAUUGUCAUGUUGCUCAGACUUUCCAGUGGCUGGCGCCAAGAAACUGACAGCUUCUCCAACCCUAAAUCUUCUAACAUAAUAAAAUGUGUUAAAGUUGAAGGUCUAUUCAUCAUAUUCUCAUUGGAUAUUGAGAAGGAUUCAAAGUAUAACCAAGUUCUAAAGAUCUGGGAUAUCAAACCAUUGGCGGAUGUAAAAGUACUUGUUGAUUGCCUUACCAGCAUACAUGAGCUGUAUACUGAUGACUUUCUAAGUCAUUGUAAAGAAAAGUCUCGUAAAGGGGAUCUUGAGUUUCCGGUCUCAUGGAGUGCUGCUUCUCAUGAUAUCGUUCUCUAUAAGGAUAGCAUGAAAGCUGAGCUAAAUGCCAUUUUAAGUUUGGAAGCUGACAGUGAUGAUGCUAAGAAUUUAACUCUGAAAAAGAAUUUUCUGCAGAUGAAGUUUCAGUCUUUAUCCUAUCAAAAAGCAAAGCACUUACUUUCAGGCCGUGAUAUUAAAGAACUGGACCUUCCAUGCCAAGUUGAAGAUGAACAAUUGGAGAUAAUUCUUUUGCCUACCAGUGCCUUCAUAAUGGGAAGGCCUGGUUCUGGAAAAACUGCAGCUUUGACAAUAAAGCUGUUUAUGAGAGAACAACAGCAGAAGAUCCAUAUCGGGGGAUGUAGUGAGGUAACGAGAGAAAAUUCAGAAAUAAGUUGUAGAAAUGAGGGUGGUGAGGACGACAAAAAGACUGAUAGGAUUUUCCUGCGACAGCUUUUUAUCACAGUCACUCUUAAACAAUGUCAUGCUGUAAAGGAGCACUUUUCCUACUUGAAGAGAAUUUACGAUAGUGGGAACAUUUUAGAAAGGAACCAGAAGUUUAAUAAAGUUGAUAUGCUCGAUAUGAAUGAUGAUCAAGUUCUCUUGGAUGUUCCAAAUAGCUUUGAUGGUAUUCCAUUCAACUCAUAUCCUCUUGUGAUAACAUUUCGAAAGUUUUUGAUAAUGCUUGAUGGAACUGUGGGAGAUUCGUACUUUGCUAGAUUCCAUAAACAGUGGAAACUUAGUUGCGGCAAGUCCAAAGAUUCAUUAUCAAAUGCUGCCCAUAAUUUUAUGGUAUCAAAGGAAGUAACUGCUAAAAACUUUGCUUCAUCUUACUGGCCCUAUUUUGAUGGCCGUCUAACCAACAAGCUUGAUGCUACCAUGGUUUUCAAUGAAAUCACUUCCCAGAUAAAAGGUGGAUUAGGAGUAAAGGAAGCUCCCGAUGGUAGACUUUGUAAGCUAGACUAUACUCGAGUUUCCAGGGGUCAAUCCACAUUGAGCUGGAAGAAAAGAGAGAGAAUUUAUGAUAUAUUUUUAGAUUAUGAAAAGAUGAAGCAAGAAAAAGAGGAAUAUGAUUUGGCUGAUCUAGUCAUUGAUCUUCAUCAUCGGUUGGAAGUUAUACAAUAUACAGGUGAACAAAUGGAUUUUGUAUAUGUGGAUGAGGUGCAAGCUCUUUCUAUGAUGCAAAUUGCUCUUUUGAAGUACCUGUGCAGAAAUGUCAAUUCGGGCUUUAUUUUUUCAACCAAUACAGUUCAAACUAUUGCCAAGGGUGUUGGCUUCAGGUUCCAAGACAUAAGAUUUAUGUUCUACAAGGAAUUUGUAUCAAGAGUAAAACCUGAUGGCAAAGACGUUAGUGCAGGAUUAAUGAAAAUCCCUGACAUUCUUCACAUAAAUCAGAAUUGUCAUACACAACCCAAAAUUCUCCAAUUCGCUAAUAGCAUUACAGAUCUCCUUUUUCGCUUCUUUCCUCAAUCUAUUGAUAUACUGUGCCCUGAAACAAGUGAAAUGAGUUCUGUCAAUCUUGAAACUCCAGUUCUUCUUGAAACUGGGAAAGGUCAAAACGUGAUGAAGGUUUUAUUUGAAGAGAGGGGUAAUAUACCAGCAGAUACUCAUGAAUUUGGAGCAAAACAGGUCAUUCUAGUUCGAGAUGAGCAUGCCAGGGAGGAGAUCUCCACUUAUGUAGGGAAUCGAGCUAUUGUCCUUACAAUAAUGGAGUGUCAGUGCUUGGAGUUUCAGGAUGUCUUGCUGUACAACUUUUUCAACUCAUCGCCACUGAGACAUCAGUGGAGAGUAAUAUAUCAAUAUAUGAUUGAGCAAGAUAUGCUUGAAAUGGCUCCUGGUUCUCCAAACUUCAAUCAACCUGUACGUAUGGACUUAUGUUGGGAAUUAAAGCUGCUCCAUACAGCAAUUACACGUCCGAGGCAAAGAUUAUGGAUUUAUGAAGACAAACAGGACUUUUCCAAUCCGAUUGUUGACUAUUGGAAAAAAUUAUGUUUUAUUCAAGUCAAGACAUUGGAUUCUUCAAUCAUACAAGCAAUGAAGGUUCCAAGCAUGAAAGAGGAGUGGAGUUCGGUGGGAGUUGAGUUAUUUUCUGAGGGUGUUUAUGGGGCAGCAUCUUUGUGCUUUGAAAGAGCUCAAGACAGGCAUAGAAAAGAAUUGGCGAGGGCUGCUUCUCUUCGUGCAACUGCUGGCAUAUUGGAUGGUUCAAAUUCUCAAAUGACUUGUAAUGCUCUUCGGGAAGCUGCUGAAAUUUAUAUUUCCAUGGAUCGUGCUGAGGUUGCUGCUAAGUGCUUCAUUGAGUUGAAAGAAUAUAAAACAGCAGCUUAUAUAUAUUUAACAAAAUGUGGAGAAGCAAAGUUAGAAGAUGCUGGGGACUGUUAUAUGUUGGCUGAAUGUUACAAAUUAGCGGCUGAGGCAUAUUCAAGGGGCAAAUGCUUCUUAAAGUUCUUGAAUGUCUGCACCGUUGCAAAUAUUUUUGACAUGGGGUUGCAAGUGAUCAGCCGCUGGAGCAAAUUCGAUGAUGUUGAUUUGAUUGAGAAAAGUCAAGAUAUCUGGCAUGUGUUUCUGGAGAAAGGUGCCCUUCACUAUCACCAACUUCAAGAUUUUAGUUCCAUGAUGAAAUUCGUUGAUUCCUUCAACUCCAUGGAUGAAAAAUAUUCAUUCCUUAGGAAUUUAGGUCUAUCUGAAAAAGAAUUAUUGCUGGAGAAAGAUGUAAAAGAGACAGCUAAUAUCGUGAUGAAUAAAGGGGAUAUUUUACUUGAGAUUGAUCGUUUAGAGAAGGCUGGAAACUUCAAGGAUGCAUCAUCACUCAUACUGCUAUACGUGCUUUGCAGUUCUUUGUGGUCAUGUGGAAAAACAGGUUGGCCACUUAAGUUAUUUAAGCGAAAAGAGAAACUUUUAGCCAGAGCAGAGAAACUGGCAAUGAACGAGUCAGACAGCUUCUAUGAUUAUGUUACUACUGAAGCCAAUAUCUUAUCAAAUCGGACAAGGACACUGUUUGAGAUGGAGCCGAACUGGAGUUCCUCCCACAGGCAUGGAAAUCUCAGAGGUGAAAUUCUGUCUGCCUGGAGAAUCCUUGAUGCUCAUCUCUCUUCCAGUGCCUCCAAAUAUAUUUGGGAAAAUGAAACGGAGACAGAUUUAAGAGAACAUGUGGAGAAAACAAUUUCCUUAAACCGGAUUUCCAUUCAGACACUGGUUUUCUUUUGGAAUUUCUGGAAAGAAAAUGUCUUGAGCAUAUUGAAUUGUCUGCAACUUCCUGAAAGCCAAGUUAUCAGUGAUUGUGGAAGCUAUGAACAAUUCUGUCUAGAUUACUUGGGUGUAAGGAAGCAAUUAAAUUGCGGAAACAGUAUUUUCCUUUUACUUGACCCUGAUGCUGAAUGGGCUAGGACUGUAUCUUUUGAAGGCAAUGAAAAUUUGGGUAGCAUCAAUUCUCGAGAAUUUGUUGCAGCUGCCCAGAGUUAUUGGUUUUCACAAGUAUUUUCUGUUGGGUUGAAGGUUUUAGCCAAAUUAAAAGAUCUUCAUAUGCUCUCCGUCAGGAGCUCUCUCUCAUUUUAUUUCCAAGCUUUCACUGCCGUUCAUAUUUUUGAAAUGGCUAAGUUCUUUACAGACGAUCAUUAUAUCAAGUCAUCCAUUGACUAUGAGAACCUGAGAAUGAUUUUUGACUUGGGGCUUUAUUCCAUCCAAUUUUUAAGACUUCAACAGACUCCAAAUGUAGAUCUGGCCAAUGAAAUUCAAGCUGUUCACGACAAGUCACAAUCUUAUCUCGUGAGUUGUGCACUCCUUUUUCAUGAAAUACAAGAUAGCAGCACCAUGUUAAAGUUUGUCAGCGCCUUCUGUUCUAUGGAUUCGAAACGUUCAUUUUUGAAGUCUUUCAACUACUUAAAUGAACUUGGGACACUAGAAUUGGAAGCACAAAACUUUCCAGAGGUUCUGGCCAUUGCAAGGUCACAAGGCAACCUUCUUCUUGAAAUUGAUGCGCUAGAGAAGAUGGGAAACUAUAAAGAGGCAUCUUUUCUUCUCAUCUUCUAUAUAUAUGCAAACUCGCUGUGGACUUCUGGAAGCAAAGGUUGGCCAUUAAAGGAGUUCGAGCACAAGCAGAAACUUAUAGAAAAAACAAUAUCAAUUGCGAAACAAGACUCAGAAGAAUUUUGUGACAUGAUUUCUGUUGAGGCUAGUAUCUUAUCAUGCAAAAUAAGUGGCUUGGAUGGGAUGGAACAGAAUCUUACUGCUUCUGAGGGCCAUAAAAAUUUCAAAGGUGUAAUUCUUUCUGCCUGGAAGAUUUUAGAUGCUCAUCUUAAACUAAAUGUGUCAAAUUACACGUGGGAAAAUGUGAUACAGAGUGAUCUACAAAGGCAUUCAAAAGAAACAAUCUCCAAAAAUCAGGUGUCUUUCCAAACAUUGGUUUACUUCUGGUAUCUCUGGAAGGAUAGUCUCAUUGACGUAAUUGAUUAUCUAUGUUCUAUUGACAUUGAAGAUGAUGUAAAUGAUUACUACAAGAGUCAACAGGAUUUUUGUUUGUCUUACUUCGGAGUGAGGAGGGAAUACAAUAAUCAUGAAACACUCUACUUUUUGCUCAAUCCUGAUGCUAAUUGGACUACAGAAGCGGUCAAUGGGUCCCUGCAUCGGAAUGGUGGUUUAAUUGGCAUUGCUACUUGCCAGUUUACAUCAGCUGGCUGGAGAUAUUGGAGUUCAGAAGUGCUUUCGGUUGGAAUUAAGGUCUUGGAAAAACUAAUAGCCCUUUAUACUUUCUCUGCAAGUGCCUCUAACUUCUCUGAAUUAUAUCAAAGUAUGAUAGCCAUUAGUUUCUGUGAAGUUGGAAAUUUUCUCAAGAAUUCCCAGUUUCUAAAAUCUGUCUCCGAGACAUUGGUGCAAAAGUUUACCAAUGUCAGGCUGCAGUUCAUCCUCUGCUGCAAACAACAUCUGGGUCAAGAUAGUUUAUUCAGUAAUAUUCAUGAUGAGUUGGAAGAUUUGAAGCUUACUUUUUUAAGAAAAUGUGCACUUCACUAUCAUAGGGUUCAGGAUGAAAGAACAAUGAUGAAGUUUGUUGAAGCUUUUCACUCCAUAGAUUCCAAACGUUUAUUUUUGAAGUCUUUGGGCUGCUUUGAUGAGCUUUUAUCACUGGAAGAAAAAUCUGGCAAUUUUAUGGAGGCUGCCGCCGCUGCAAGGCUGAAAGGGGAUCUUCUGCUUGAAGUUGAUUUAUUAGAGAGGGCUGACCAACUUGAGGAAGCUGUGGAACUCAUUCUAUUCCAUGUUCUAGCCAGCUCUCUAUGGACAAACCAAAGCAAAGGAUGGCCCUUGAAGCAUUUUAAGCAAAAGGAGGAGCUUCUAUCAAAAGCAAAAUCAAUUGCAAAGCUACAUUCAGAUGUCUUCCACAGAAAUGUUUGUUCAGAGACCAAAAUACUAUCUGAUGGCAUAUAUAGUUUGUUGGAUAUGAAACAUCACUUGAGCAGUUCCCGGGAAAAUAAGAACAUUUGUGGUGAGAUAUUAUCAGCUCGACGAAUUCUUGAUGCUCACCUUUCUUCAAAUACCUUAUCAUACAACUGGGAAGAUGAAUUAGUCAGCGAUCUCUUGAAACAUGUGGAGAUUAAAAUUUCUCAGAGCCAGGUUUCCAUUGAAACCCUUUCCCACUUUUGGAACCUCUGGAAGGAUUAUGUUACAGGCAUAAUAACAUAUCUUGAGUCCCUUGGUACCAAAAUUGUCGAUGAGUUCAUAAUUUAUGAAGGGUUCUGUUUGAAAUACUUGGGUAUGAGGAAGCAGUUUGACUGUCUGAACACUUAUCAGUUGUUAUUUACUGAUGCCGAUUGGAUUAUGCAUAUCAGCCUUCAUUCUAUUCAGAGGAAUGGAAAGCUGAUGAGCAUGAAUGUUGAACAGUUCGCUCUUGCUGCUAGGAGUUAUUGGAGCACAGAGUUACUUUCUGUCGGUAUGAAAGUUUUGGAACAUUUAAGCGACAUUCAUGGGUUCUCCGUCAUGCAUUCUUUCUCGAAAUUUCGUCAAAGUUCAGCUGCCAUUCGUAUCUUUGAGAUUGCAAACUUUCUGAUAUCAUCCGACCUUGCCAAAUGUCCUGACGAUAACAAAAAACUGCAAAGUUAUCUUGAACCAUAUGCUGAUUGUUUCUUUGAUAAUGUUUUUGGUCUUUGUUGGACCGAUCGAAUGACUGAAAAUAUGAUUGCUUUAAGAGAAACCAGACUUUCUAGGAGUGUCAUUGAAACAGUCAUAUUGAAAAUCAUUCAUUCGAAGGGUCAGUUAUCAUAUGAAAAGAUCGGAAAGGUGGUGAUGGCACUUUUAGGUUCAGGGAGGCUAACUUCUGGACUGUAUGACAAGGUUGCCAGUAGAUGCCACGUGAAGUUACAUUGGAAGGCAGUAAUUGAUGCUUUCAAAAGACACAUGAUAGCUUCACAAACUUCAGAAAGUUCAAUGGCUAGAAAAGUUUAUGAAACUUCUGAAGAAGGUGGUCUAAUCAAUCAGUUGCAUGAGGCUUUGAUGCUUACUUUUGUCAACUGGAAGAAAGAGUGUGAUUACAUGUCACCUAACUGUUUCCUGUAUAUAGUCGAGCGUCAAUUUGUCCUGAUAUCAAUGUCUCAAGGAUGCUUUUAUGCCACUCGAUCUUCGUUCGUUGAGUGGCUCAUGUGCGAGGAGUUGUCCGGCAGGCAAGGACAAAUCGUGGUGAAUACUGAAAUAUCUUCUGGAGACUUGUUUGACUCUAUAGCAAAAAUGGUUCAUGAACUUCUCUUCAAUAACUGUGGUGCAAGGGAGUGGAUUAAGAGAUCCAACAUCAACUCAAAGGAGUACUAUCCCAUUUUUCUGCUGAGACUUGUCAUUAUGAUGUGUUUACUUUCAGCCAAUUUGGGGAAGUAUUAUAACCUGCUUUAUGAUUUUAUUGGUAAAACUGAUAUGCAUUCACAGUUACCUGAAGCAUUCUCUGAGCUCUUUAAGAAAAGAAAGAAGCCGAACCUUCAUUUCUUGAAUUAUAUGGCAGAAGCAGUUUCGAAGAUUAAGAAUCCUCUUGUCAAAGUAUGUUUAAGAGAUAACUGCAAGAAACCUGUACCGCCCACAGCCAUUUCCAUCAGAAUGAAGAACACUUGCAGGAAGGAAGAUGUGUGGAAAUUGCUUUUUGCAAAGAAUCCCAUGGAUGACCACAAUUGUGGAACUGCUUAUUCUGGUAGGAAGAAAGCUGAUCCUAUCAAUGAUUCAACUCCGUUGAACACUAAACCGUCACAAGUUCUGCAUAGUGCUAAUGCGGAUGACGGCUGCGAUGGUGUAGUAAUUCCAAUCAGACAGAACUCAAGUAAAACGUCUGAUUCCAUGAAACCGGUAAAAAAUACUCAUAUGGUAAAUCCAAAGAGCAGCAAGUCCAAUGCCCCAAAGAAGAUGAAAUUGAAGAAAAAAGUUCAUUGCAUAAAUACUUCAGUGCCCAAGUCCAGACAGAAAGGCUCUUUUGACAGAGAGAGCGAAUUUUCUCGAGUGAGAAGCAUACUUGAUGAACUGAAGAUGUCUCCUGCACUCAGUAUGAGUGAUCCCGAACUCAUUACAUCAAUUGAAGAACUCUCGAGAAAGUUGGAGUGUGGAAGACAGAAGAACAACACUUCAAACAUGGUUGGGGAAACAAGCCUGGGCACCAGUCUUUCAUCUGCUUCCAGAAGGAAGAGCAGAGCAACAAAAAAGAAGGGAAAAGAAACAAGCCUGGGCACCAGCCUUUCAUCUGCUUCCAGAAGGAAGAGCAGAGCAACAAAAAGGAAGGGCAAAGAGGACAAGACGAGUGUUACGAGUAACAUGUCGACAGCUAAAGGGCCUUCACCUUCACCAGGGCUGCAGUUUCAGCCUAAGCUCGAGUCGGAAACAGUAUCUCAAAAUGAUAUGAAGACUCAGGACGAGAUAAAAGUUGGCCAUAACAUGUCAACAACUAAAGAGUCUUCCAAAGGGUUGCAAUUUCAACCUAAGCAUGAGUCAAAAACAGCAUCUCAAAAUGAUACAAAGACAAAAGGUAAGAUGAAGGUUGUUGAUAACAUAUCAACAACUAAAGGGCCUUCACAAGGGUUGCAGUUUCAACCUAAGCUCGAGUUGAAAACAGCAUCUCAAAAGGAUACGGUGACAAAAGGUAAGAUGAAAGUUGUUGAUAACAUGUCGACAAGUAAAGGGUCUUCAGAAGAGUUGCAAUUUCAACCUAAGCUCAAAUCGAAAACAGCAUCUCAAAAUGAUACAAAGACAAAAGGUAAGAUGAAAGUUGUCAAUAACAUCCCAACAACUAAAGAGUCUUCGCAAGGGUUGCAGUUUCAACCUAAACUCGAGUCGGAAAUAACAUCCCAAAAUGUUAUGAAGACAAAGGAUAAGAUGAAAGCUGCUGGCAACAUGCCAUCAGUUAAAGGGUCGUCACAGAGGUUGCAGUUUCAACCUAAGCUCGAGUCGAGAACAGCAUCCGAAAAUGAUAUGAAGACUGAUGGUAAGAUGAAAGUUGUUGACAUGUUAACAGAUAAAGGAUCUUCACAAGGGUUGCAGUUUCAGCCUAAGCAAGAGUCAACGCAUAAAGAGAAAGCAUCUGAAAAUAAUACGAAGACGGGGGAUAAGAUGAAAGUUACCCCUAUCAUGUCAACUGCUAAAGACUCUUCACACAAGUUUCAAUUUAAGCCAAAGCCCGGGGUAGCGAAAAACGAAACAACAGCCCAAAAUAAUGUGAAGAAUGAGAAAGAUACAACGAAUAUCGACAAUAACAAGGCUGAGUCUACACAAAAGUUGCAGUGCAAGCAGAAGCUCAAAUAUGUACAAAAGGAAACAACAGGCUCGAGGGGUUCGAAAGUGAAGAAGGAUGAGAUGAAAAUCGCGGAUAACUCGUCGGAAGCUCAAGAGCCAUCUGCCGGAUGUGCUUGACGGUCCCCCAUAAUACGCUCACUUGGGGGGAGAGGCUAGAAAAGGCGAGGCAAGGGGCUCUCCACAGCAGUUGCAAGUUGUACAGAAGAAGCUAAAACAAAAGGAUGUGAAGGCUGAGAAAGCUGAGAAGCGUAAACAGAAAGUGAAGAACGCAAGUACAUAGCCAAGCAGCACUCAAAAAGGUAACAGAAAAUGCUAUGAAAUAUCACUUUGUUUAGACACAGAGGAUUUCUGUAGAAGUAGAUGAGAUAGGGACCUCAAAAGCAUAGCAUAAUGUGCAUGAAUUCGAGCAGUUCUAUGCACUCUGAUUUCCUGUCUCAUUCUUGUAUAUACAUAUGUAUAUAUGUUAACUUUGGUUCUGUAA